UUUUUCAAAAAUUAUUAGUUCACCUUAGUAACUAAAUUUAAUUUUUAAUACUGAUAAAUGAGGAGUCUUUAAAAAAUGGAAAUAUAUAGAUUUCUAUAAAACAGCUAAUAAUGUCAUGGUUUUAAAGGUGCUGAAAAGGUCUCAAUGAUAAAAUUAUCAGCUUUGAUAUGUGCUACUGAAUACAAUUGCUCCAAAACCAAUGAGAACCAGGACACAAAUCCACGUCUAAAUUUGCGCGUGCUAACGUCGUUCGUAACAUCGUUACACCUUCACAAUCCAAUCCCCAAUUUGCCAAAUUACCGAUUCUUCGUAAACGUUUGCAGUUUUGAAACAUAUUUAACACAGUAGUUGCAGACACUUUGCUGGCUUCAUAUAUAUAAAAACAUGUUAAAUUUUGCACUAAACUAUUUUCGUUUUUGUCAGAUUUUCUACCACUUCUCGGUCUUGUGGGAAUACUUAAUAAUUUUUCUAAGUGUUCAUUUGUGAGAUCAAAACAACUGUGAAUAUGAAGCGCAGUCAAUUCUGGUGCCAAGGAGAGAAUUUUCGUUAUAGCUAAGGCAUUUAUCGUGUGUCCCAAUUGAAGUUUUCUCAAAUAUUUGAGAGGCGGUGGAUCUGAUCCUUCUGUCCAUAUUAUACUGAAACCAUCCUUGGUCAAUAUUCUGAGAUUAGGGCAAUUACUGAAGAUCUCUUUCAAAUCUAUUUGUAUUAGAUUUUCAUUUUGUAUUAUUCGAAGAUUUAGUUCUUUCAAAUUUUGGCCAUUUGUGCGUAAAUAAUCAUAAAAACCAUCUAGCCAUUCUCUUUGUGCUGGAAUACCAUGUACAGUUAAAGAAGUAACAUAGGGAAACAAUCGCAGUGCUUCAGGAGGAUGAUGAGGUUCAGAAAUAUGUAACUUUUCCACUCGUGGGCAUGCUUGAGCAAGAAGUUCUAAACGAGCUGGUGUUGUUCUGCAGCUUCUUGCUUGCGUUAAAGAAAAUGGAGUUUUCAAUCCGAUAAGCCCUCUGUUCAUAAUUUCUACCACCCUUCCCAUGUGACUGUAUUCUGCCAAAGAUUCGAGUUGUGGUACAUAUACUAAGGCCAAAAGUACACCUGCACUUGUAAUACUAGUACUUGCAACAUUAAGAACUCUAAGCGUAUCACAAAUAAAAUUUCGACUUUCAUAAUACUCCAAUAAAACACCUUGCUUCUCUUUCUUUUCGGAUUUAGAACCUCUCAUCUUUAAUCUAGAUGAUAGCAAGGUUUUCAAUUUGGACCAACUGGUAGGCUCUUGUGUAGUCGUAUGUGGUGCUUUAUCUCUGAGUUCCACUUGCAGCAAUAAUUGUUUUAAGCCUGCAUCUGUCACUUGUCUCGAACAUGCUACAUCUAGAACUACUAACUUGGGGCAUGCUUUCCCAAUGACUUGAAGUACAGCAUCACUAGCUAUAUUGCGAAGAGUCAAACUUAACAAAUUUUUCAUGUUCAAUAGAGCAGAUCUUAACAACUUGCAAUCUAAUCUCAGUAAAGCAGAACGAGCCAGUUCUAGAGAUUCUAGUCCAAUUCCUUCAGAAGCUAAUAACUUUAGGAGCGACGUUUGAUGGCUACAUCCGUAGUAACAACAAAGAAUCACCCUUAACUGCUUUAUAUCAUGACCAAGAAGCAGUGCUAGUAAAUACAGUGGAGCAGGACCAGAAAUGAGAGUUGAACCAUCCGAUGAAGGACCGUACAGCAUUCUCGAGGUUUCUUCAAUAACUUGAGAGCGCAGACGUGCGGGUACCCAUGAAUGAAACAGAUUUUAAUAUAUUGUGGAUGGGAAAUCACCCAAAGCCGGAUAUUCUUCGUAACUUGCAGUCUUAUCAAAAAGUUAAUCACUUUCCAAGAUCCUACGAAAUCACACGGAAAGAUCGAUUGUAUAAGAACAUUGAGGCAAUGCAAAGAAGUAAAGGCUUGCGAAACUUGGAUUUCAUUCCACAAACCUUCCUUUUACCCAGUGAAUCGAGAGAAUUACUUACUGCGCAUUUUAGGUACCGAGGACCUUGGAUCGUCAAACCAAAAGCCAGUUCUCGUGGACGCGGAAUUUAUAUUGUUAAUAGUCCUGAGAAAAUCCUUACAGAUGAAUCUGUGAUAGUUGCACAAUAUAUAAAUAAUCCAUUGUUAGUGGAUGGGCACAAAUGCGAUUUACGUCUCUAUGUUGCUGUAACAAAUUAUGACCCAUUAUUGAUAUAUCUAUAUGAAGAAGGAUUAGUGAGGUUUGCAACUGUUAAAUAUGAUGGUGGUAAUCAAUACGUUUGGAAUCCUUGUAUGCAUUUAUGUAACUACAGCAUCAAUAAAUUCCAUGUAGAUUAUGUUAAAAGUGAAGAUCCAGAUGCAGAAGAUGUAGGUCAUAAGUGGACAUUAUCUGCAUUAUUAAGACAUUUACGUUCUAUUGGUCAAGAUACUGAACAAUUAAUGCAACGUAUCGAAGAUAUUAUAAUUAAAUCAAUUUUAGCUACUGCUUCCGGAAUUGUUAGCGGUGUUAAACAAUUCGUGAAACAUCCAGAAACAUGUUUUGAAUUGUUUGGUUUUGACAUCCUGAUUGAUGAUACUUUGAAACCUUGGUUACUGGAAGUAAAUCUGACACCAUCAUUGGGAUGUGAUUCUCCACUGGAUGUCAGAUUAAAAUCAGCAUUAAUAGCUGAUUUACUUACUCUUGUUGGUAUUCCCGCUAUUGAUCCAAUGUUACGGCCUCAAAGUAUGCAUCUAAAUCGUUCUUUGGCUAAUCCUACUAAAAGAAUUGCUGGUUAUCGAAGAGUGCAAUCCGCGGAAACAUUAGCUCAUAAAAAAAAAAGUGUUGGGAAGAGUAAUAUAAUAAAAGUAGGAUUAAGUUCUGAACAACAACGAAUAGUAGCAUCCGCGAAAGCACAGUUUGAAAGAAGAGGAGGAUUUGUUCGCAUAUUUCCUAGUCCAAAGUCAUGGGAAAUGUAUUCACAAUAUUUAGAUACAUCAACUGGUAUACCAAUAGUUUCUGAUCCAUUAGGACCUGGAAGAAUUCCACAAUCAGUCACCACAAACCACAAUUUAAUGUUACAUGAACAAUUGUUUCCUGCAGCUAAUCGAAAUACUGGUUUUGUUAUCCCAGAAGUUACAUUAGACAGAUUGUCUAGAUAUGAAAGGUAUGAAAGAGCUCUAGUAAAGGGUCAUAAACAAAGUUUAGAUCGUGGUGAUAGUAAGGAAAAUAUGGAUGUAGAUACUCAUAAAUAUAAAAAUUUAGUUAUGAAAUCAAUGCAAGAAGGAAAUACAUUAAGUCCUGGUGAAGCAAGAAAAGCUUUUGGUUUAUAUUUAGGACACAUACUUCGUAAAAUAUCACAAUCGAAUGCAGAUCCAGCUUGCUGUGAUCUUGUUAUGAAAUUUCUUCAACAGUCCUCGUCUAACUUAAGAACUCCGUUUUUAUUUACAUUACCAAGCAGUAAACUGAGUGACAAAGAUCGUGCAGCUAUAACUGCUAAGCAAUUAUCAGAUUUCUUACACUUAUAUAAUAGAGAAACAGAACUUUAUGCAGAUACAGUUGAUCGACCAUGUACUGUUCCCAAUAGACUUUUCCAAAAGUUCCUGGCUGCGGCAGGCGAAGAAGACCUCGAUGAUGUAUUAAUCUUGCAAACCCAACUGUACAAGUGUGCACAUAGUUUUUUGGGUAGAAGUGGUUUUGCUGGAAGUUUGCGUGGACCUAAUCUUUUAUGUUCAUUACCACAUAUAACUUCUCGAGUGUAUUCGAAUGCUGCUACAACCGAACAAUGCAAAUGCACACAAUCCUCUACAAGAACUACAAAAGCUCCAAGAACAUAGAGUAUAAUAAUUUUAUUUAUAAAUUACCAGUUCUUUAUUAUUAAUAUUAAGAUUAUAGAAUAUUCUGGUUUAAGCGGACAAUCAUUCAUUAGGAUAUGAGUGAUCAUUGUCUCUCUUUUACUGGCGUGAAGAAUGUAAUUAUGAAAAUGAAUAUUUUGGAUACGCUUAAAAAGCGCUUUAACAGUUCUACGAAAUAGAAAAGUUUAUUAAUAGCAUAAGUCUAACGAUUUUUAACAAUCUUGCUCGAAAUUUAAUCAUUUUAUUGACUGUCCAAACAUUUCAAAUUUUGGACAAAAUUUAAACAGCAUUACCCAAGCUAGUCUUGAAAGAUAUAUUUAUUAAUUGAUAUUAAUCAUACAAUAACAUAUGAAGAAGCACAAUGAAAAAGCGUAAUUAGAUACAAUUAUACAAAUGGCUAAAAAUAUAUAAAAAUUUGGGAAAAAAAAUAUGCGGUAAUUUGUGUGAAAAUAAUAUAUUGCUUUUAUUAAAUCAAUAAUUAAAUCUCUAAAGCAGGUCUAUUUUCAUUAAAUUAUGACAAACUUUAUCAAUCAGUUAUGGUAAAGCAUCAUGAAAUAGUUGAUUUUUUCAUUGAUAUUACAAAUAAUAUUACUACUUACCUUCUUAGCACAAAUAAUAGACAUAUUAUCAAUAAUUUAUAUUAUAAUUGCUACACGAUUACAGUAAUAUAUGAUUCUUAUUUAUUUACUUUUAUGAGUAUAAAAACUUGUCUUAAUAAGGAUAUAACAAUGAUUUAUACUACUCAUGAUUGAUAAAGUAUAUUUACAAUCAUAUUCAAAAUGUUCCUAUGCUUAUUAUGUUUCUGUAAUUGAUUUUAAAAAUAAUAUUUGUUGACAUUCAUGUUUCUGCAUCUAGUCACAGUAAAAAUGUUUAUUAUUAUCGAAGGAGACUAAUUCCAUAAUACACGGCAACAUUUAUUUAUUUAUUUAUUUAUUACAUUUAGAAAUAAUUAUAGUUAAACAUCAUAGUAAAUAUGUUAAUAUAUCGUAAAAGAGAAGCAAAUAAUAAUAUAUUAUAAAAGCUACAUGAUGCAAGCUAUUAUCAGGAAUUAAUUGAACAUAAUUUGUUCUCCUUUUCAUUUUUUUUUCUUUUUUUUUUACCCCUAAAAAUAUUAGUGUGCAAUAUAUAUAUAUAUAUAUAUAUAUAUAUAUAUAUAUAUAUAUAUAUAUAUGUAUAUAUAUAUAUAUAUAUAUGUAAAAAAAAGUGAAUAUCUUGAUGCAUGAACAAGGCUAUAAUAUAUGUACUAAUAAGAUAUCAAUUUGCAUAAGUUAAAGCUAGAUACUUUACAUUUAUAUACUGCUUUUUUAAUGCUAUGAGCAAAUUUAUCUAUUAAAAGAUAAUUUAUACAGCCAUUAAUCAAAAUGGAUUACAAUGAUGAUGUAGUUCGGCUUAUUGUAUGUAGAGCAAUAUUUCCAUCCACAUAAUUCCGUCGAUAUUUUGAGAAUUUACUGCUUUUUCUUCCAGAUGAAAUAUUUUUUCACCCAACGCUUGCUAAAUAUAUUCUAUUUACUUGAUAUUAUUAAGAUAUAAACGAUGUGCUAAACGUUAUUCACAAAGAUAACCAUUUGAAUUUGCUUACUGUGAUAUAAGUACAUUUUAUGUAUUAUAAACAAAUAUGGCACCUGUAGCAUAAUUUAAAUAAUUUGAUUACUAUGCACAGUACAUAAUGAUACUGAAAAAUUUUCAAAUUAAUACAAUUUAGAAUAAAAAUGUAGCAUCAUUCUUUAUAAGAUGCAAAAAUCAUGUGUACUGUUGCUGCCUAAUACAAAAAAAAAACUAAAACAUUAUUACAAAGAAAAAAAAAAUAUAGAAGUAGCGUAAAUAGUUUACCUUAUAAGCCUAAUAUUUUAAAAAUAUAUAAUAUGGUAUUACAACUUUAUUUUACAACGAAUAAGAUAAUUCAGUAGAUACUUAUAAGAAUAUCAAUUAUCCAAUGAAUUGCUUUGAUUGCAACCAACGCAGUUAUAAUUGCAGGGAAAGUAAAGAUAUGGAAGUAUUUGCUUUAUAUAUAAAAAAAAAAAAAAAAAAAAAAGAAAAAGAAAAAAAAACAAGUUUAAGAAAAUAUUAAUUCCAUUUAAUGCAUAAACAAUAUAUUUGUCUUGCUUGCACAGUGAAAAA